CGCGCGGGCGGGAGGGCCGAGGGGCACCCGGAGUGAGGCCCCUCGGGGUCGCCAGGUGGGCAGCUGGGUUCACCGGUUCUCUCCUUGGCUUUCUGCUUCCCCAGGGCGUGACGCGCCUGCUGCUCACCACGAUCCCCUUCUUCAGAGAGGUGAUCGUCAGCUCCUUCUCCUGCGAGCACUGCGGCUGGAACAACACGGAGGUGCAGUCGGCGGGCAGGAUCCAGGACCAGGGCGUGCGCUACACGCUGACGGUGCGGGCGGCCCAGGACAUGAACCGGGAAGUGGUGAAGACGGACUCGGCCACCACAAGGAUUCCAGAGUUAGAUUUUGAAAUUCCUGCCUUCAGCCAGAAGGGAGCUUUGACCACUGUUGAAGGACUGAUCAGCCGAGCCAUCUCUGGCCUGGAGCAGGACCAGCCCACUCGAAGGGCAAAUGAAGAAGCCGUCGCUGAAAGACUGGAUGAGUUCAUUGUCAAACUGAAAGAGCUGAAGCAGGUGGCCUCUCCUUUCACCCUGAUCAUUGAUGACCCCUCAGGGAACAGCUUCGUGGAAAACCCACAUGCUCCCCAGAAAGAUGACGCCCUGGUGAUCACACAUUAUAACCGGACUUCGCAGCAGGAGGAGAUGCUGGGGCUCCAGGCAGAGGCGCCAGAAGAGAAGCCGCAAGAGGAAGAUCUCAGAAAUGAAGUGCUGCAGUUCAAUACAAACUGCCCAGAAUGCAAUGCUCCAGCUCAGACCAACAUGAAGCUAGUUCAAAUCCCCCACUUUAAGGAGGUUAUCAUCAUGGCUACCAACUGCGAGUACUGCGGUCAUCGGACCAAUGAGGUGAAAUCUGGAGGAGCAGUAGAGCCCUUGGGCACCAGGAUCACACUCCGUAUCACAGACCCCUCAGAUAUGACCAGAGACCUGCUCAAGUCUGAGACGUGCAGUGUGGAAAUCCCAGAACUGGAAUUUGAGUUGGGAAUGGCUAUCUUUGGGGGCAAGUUCACCACACUGGAGGGGUUGCUGAAAGACAUCCGGGACCUGGUGACCAAGAACCCUUUCACACUGGGUGACAGUUCCAAUCCUGGCCAGGUGGACAAACUGCAGGAGUUUAGCCAGAAGUUGGACCAGAUCAUGGAGGGUAAAAUGAAGGCCCACUUUAUUAUGAAUGAUCCAGCAGGAAACAGCUACUUGCAGAAUGUGUAUGCACCUGAAGACGAUCCGGAGAUGAAGGUGGAACGUUAUAAGCGCACGUUUGACCAAAAUGAGGAGCUAGGGCUCAAUGACAUGAAGACGGAGGGCUAUGAGACAGGCCUGGCCCCACGGUAGCAGUGGACCGUUUCCCAGCCAACCUCCUGUACUGCUCAGACCACAGGCUUACUUAUUACUAUUGGAAAAGCGGGGAGUGGCCUCCUCACCUGCUCCUGUGGGGAGGGCACCUGGUCCGAAUCAAAGAUCCUGGCACACUUUGUAAACUGUGUGUGGUGCAAGUGCACCCCUGUUGGGUAUUUGACCUUAUUUUGGAGGUUGUGAGUCAGCUUGGGAAGAGACCUGGAAGUGAACUAUGAGGAAUGUCACUAUCACUUUUUCCCACAAGUCUUCGCCCUCUGUCCACACCGUGCUGCCCUCUAGAGCUGGAACUCUGAAGCUGAGG